UGUAUGUAUCCCUAUAUAUAUAUAUGUAUGUAUGUAUGUAUAAAGGAAGUGAGCUCCACGUCCCAUGGGGUGUGCAAACCAGGAUUGGCUGUCCCUUAUUCAGGGAUGCUGCGGAAGGGAUUUCCAAAUCUCUCGGAGGUACCUCGGUUCCCCUCUUAGCCCUGAGAAUCUCUGUGAGAGGGGAGGUCGGGCCUGGGAGAAGAAUCCACCCCUAAGGGGAAAGGGUUAAGCGGGGAUGGCCUUCCUGUGGGCGGGCUCCGCGAUCGGCAGCGCCGGGCUCUGUUAGCCAAGUCUGAGCAUCUCGGAGGAUGCGGCGCGGCGAGCGGCUGCAGGGACGCGCGCAAGGUGAACGCGGGGGCUGCCGGCGCGGCGCCCAGGCUCAUCCAGAGAGGACUGGACGUUGAGUGUUCUGGGCCCAGGCAUCAGAGUGGACCAUGGCUCCCAGCCCGUGGGGCCGUGUCCGUGGCCCCCUACUGCUGUGGCUGCUGCUGUCCCAGGGGGCUGGCCCUGCCCUUGGCCAGGGCCUUCCCAAGCCACUUGAGGACUCGGAACCACAUCUGAUCCCAGGAGACCACCCCCAGGGCCCUAUGGGCACAGAGCCCCAGGCCCGCGACUUCCUCUGGGAGAAGUCCAGGGAUGAGAGCCCCUGGAACUCCAAUGUUCCCCAGGCCCCUGCCGAGAAAGUACCCGAGGAGCCUGCAGACUCUCCCCUUGGCCCAGCCCUGCAUGGACCUAAAGCAUCCCACAGGGCUCAGAGAGGAGGACUCCCAGUAACUGAUGACCUCCAGAUGGCUCGAGGGUCAAGUUCUCAUGGCUGGACAGGACCUCCUGACUCACAGGAGCCUAUAGAGCAAGAAGCACCAGCCCCCCAUCCAGUAGGCCUCCCCCAUCUCACUUUCAUCCCCAUAACUCCCAGACUCCAACUUAGGAUAGCCACAGUUCCUCCCUCCCCAGGGCCAGAGGAGCCUGGAGGCCAAGUGGAGCAACGACCACCUAGAGAUGAGGGUCUGGUGGACAAAGCCAUGAUCAGAGUCUCAGAGAUAUCCCCCUUAGAGCACCAGGGCCCUCCUCACACUCUUGCUCCCCACUUGGGAACUACCAGGAGGCCAGUGCUGGAAGAACAGGGUGGGGGUGAGGACUUCCAGGAGGCAGCUCGAGGCCCCCUCUUCACCCAACAGGAUCCAGCGGUCCCUCAUGUUGGCUUGGUAUCCCCAGCUGAGGUGGCAUCCUCUCAGGAGCCUCGGUCCCAGCCACACCUGGUAUUGACCAAAAGCCUUCCUCCUGCUGAGGAGCUGCCAAUUGAGCUCCCCAAGAAGACCAGAGGUGAAGAGACCUGGGAAGUCAGUCUUCCAAGCCCCUCGCCCAAACAGGCUGAUCUUCCUGAUGUUAGGGACUCACCAAGACCCCAGCCCUCAGGUCCCCCUGCCACAGAGACACCUGAUGGGUCUAAGCCAGAAAUAGCAGCAAUGAAUGGAGCAGACCCUAUCUCCCCCCAGCGGGUGAGAGGAGCAUUGGAGACCCCAGGUACCCCCAAGUCCCUCAUCCCUGGCCCCUUGGACCCUGGCCCAGCUACAAAUCGAACAGAGAGCCCUGUGGGGGCCCUGCAGCCAGAUGAAGCCGAGGAGUGGCCGGGGCGUCCCCAAAGCCAUCCCCCAGCACCCCCAGUCCAGGCCCCCUCGACGUCACGCCGGGGCCUCAUUCGGGUCACCACGCAGCGCGCCCUGGGCCAGCCACCCCCUCCGGAGCCCUCAGCCAGCUCCGUGGCAUCAGCCCCAGCCACCAGUCCCCCGGCCAAUGCCACCGCACCCCCUCUGCGCUGGGGUCCCCUGCGGCGGGUGCUGAGCUUUUCCUGGGAGCUGCACGUCUAUGGGGUGGGGGUGCUCUUCCUGUUGCCCGCAUUGUUGGCACUGGCCUCCCUGGCAGCCGCCCCUGCGGGGCCGCGGCUGGCUCUGGUGGCGGCCGUGCUGGUGCUCCUAGCAUCUGGGCUUCGAUCUGCCUACAUGCUCGCCGACCCGUACGGCUCUCAGGCACGUCUGGGCUUACGCGCCGGCCUGGUACUCUACAACCUGCCCUUCCCCUUGCUGCUCACUGCGCUGGCGGCCCUGACCCUGCUCGGGCUGGGCGCGGGGCUGCCACAGCAGCUGCAGAGCCCGCUCCUGCUGGGAGCGUUGGCGUUGGUGCACGGCGUGGGGUUGCUGACUACUGACCUGCUGUCGGUGAGUCCUGCGCUCAACCUCCUGGCUCAGGGCUUGUCGUGCGCCUGGGGCGCGACCGUGUCUCUGGGCACGCUCUGCCUUUGCCGUCGCCGCCUGCUGGACGGGCCUCGGGGCUGGGAUGCCAGCCCGGGCCCGCGGCUGCUGGCCGUGGCGGGCGCGCUGGGGCUGCUGGCCAGUGGCUUGCAGCUGGCGGCUGCGCUCUGGCUAUACCCGGGCCCAGGCCGGGUGGGUCGCUUUUCGUGGGCCUGGUGGGGCGUCCACUUCUGGCUGCGCCUGCUGGAGCUGACAUGGGCCCUCACCCUGGCGCUGGCCGCUGUGGCCGCCGUGCGGCCCCGGCCGCCCACGGAGCACGCUUGCUGGGCGAAGUUGCUCCGCCUGGCGUGCCCCACGCCCUCGGGCAAGAGUGAGGUGCCUGAGCGACCCAACAACUGCUAUGCGGGGCCCAGUGGCGUCGGCGCAGGCGGCUUGGACAUCAGCAAGAGCCUCAUCCGCAACCCCGCGGAGGGUGGGCCGCCUGCCACGCCCAGUUCAGGCGCCUGGGGCUCGGCUGCGUCUUUGGGCCGCGGCCCCCAGGGUGGCCCGGGACUGUCCCGCAACAGCGUGGGGCCGGCGCCGUCGAUGAGCGAGCUGGACCUGCGGCCGCCAUCACCCAUCAACCUGAGCCGCAGCAUCGACGCUGCGCUCUUCCGAGAGCACUUGGUGCGAGACAGCGUAUUCCGGCGCUGCGGCCUGCGCGGCCUGGCCUCCCCGCCGCCUGGGGGCGCGCUGCUGCCGCGGCGGGGCAGCCACCCCGACGCCGAGCUCGACGGCGCCGGCUCUUCGCUCCUGCGAGGCCGCUGCCACUCUCUCAGCGACGUGCGCGUGCGCGGCCCGGUCCCGCCACACGUCGCCGAUGACCCUGACGGGGCGGCUUCUCGCAGCUCCAUGGACAGCUUUUCCCGGGGCUCGCUCAAGAUCAGCUGGAACCCGUGGCGUCACGGGCUGUCAUCGGUGGACAGUCUGCCCCUGGAUGAGCUGCCCAGCACGGUGCAGCUACUGCCUGCCCCAGCCCCUGCCCCGCCCCCCGCCCGGCCCGGGGAACCUGAGAGCGAGGUCCAGCCUCGCUGCAAGCCCGGGGACUCCCGCAGCGCCUCCAGUGACACCAUUGAGCUCUGAGGGGUCCAGAAAUGCAGGACCAGGGCCCCACCCUCGAUGGCCAUAUGGCGUGGCCCAUUAGGACAGAGGAACAUUUCAAAAACUGGCAUUCCCGGGCUUCCACCUGACAGCCACCCCUGGAAACAGCCGGGCAUGAACCUACCCCCGUUCUUUUGUUUGUUUUUUUUAAUCUUUUUUUUUUUUUCCCCAGCGGGUAUUUUGCACAGAGUCUGUAACUUAUGCGGAAUACAGGGUGGACAUGCAUGGAUUUGGGUGUGGGAUAUGGGGUCCAUGAACCCCCAGACACCCCUCCAGGCUCCCCAGUGUGGAGAGAUGAGGCUUGCUUGUCCAGAAUGACCUUCCUCUUUGUGCCAAAGAAAUAAACCCUUAGGAGUUGG